GGAAGGCACUGGAGCGGGUAGGGGUCCUGUCUGCAAACGGGCUCAUGUUGAAUUCCUUUUCUGCACCUCACAAGAUAUAUCUCAUGGCUUCCAAAUUUGCAGGGUCCAAUUUGCAGAGUUCGACAAAAAGGGCUAGAACAAUGACCACUAAUUCCUCUAUGAAGGAUGCUUUUGCCAAAUAUGCUCAAUAUCUGAAUGACCUUAAUGACAAACGGGAAAGACUAGUAAAAGCAAGUCGUGAUGUUACCAUGAAUAGCAAAAAAGUCAUAUUUCAAGUGCACCGUAUGAGUAAAUAUAAUAAAGAAGAAGUUCUUGAGAAAGCAGAAAAGGACUUUGCAGCUGUCACACAGCAACAUGUGUCUCGACUAGUCAAAGAACUGCAAGGAACUGACUUUUGGAAGCUUAGGAGAGCAUACUCACCUGGGAUACAAGAGUAUAUUGAAGCGGCAACAUUCUUCAAUUUCUGCAAAACUGGAAGUCUUUUGAAACUUGAUGAUAUAAAUUCUACUUUAUUGCCGCUCAAUGAUCCAUCUCGGCCUCUGCAGAUAAAUAUUCUUGACUAUCUACUAGGGGUAAUCUUUCUGACGGGAGAGCUAAUGCGUUUGGCAAUUGGUCGAAUAUCAGAUGGUGAGCUUGAAUUUGCUGAAAAGAUAUGCAGAUUUGUACGUGAUAACAGGGAUCUUACCUUGGUAGUACCGAUUAUGGACGACAGUUCUGAUAUGAAAACCAAGAUGGACACAAUGCUUCAAAGUGUCAUGAAAAUAGAGAAUGCUUGCUAUAGUGUUCAUGUGAGGGGAUCGGAGUAUAUUCCACUGCUUGGAUCUGAUGAUCCAAGUUCUUUCUUGGUGGGAUUGCCAGAUAUUGAACUGUGAAGUACUCUCCUUCUAUCUUUAGCUCCUGAGUAUGUUCUUCUGAGUCUGUUGUAACCGUUCCAUUUAAGGAAUAGUAUUCCUUACUGUUUUUCCUUUUAAUGCCUGUAAAGUUAUAUAUUGCAAAGUAGUUUAUUGGAGGAUAGCGAAGUUUAAUGUCUCUGCAUUGAUCAAAUUUGACUAAAUUUUGUUGAAGCUUAACAUGAUCAUCAGCUCUGGUCUCUACUUAGCUGAAUCAACCAAUUUGAGGAAGCGUCUUGUAUUGAUCUGCAGUUGGAAUCUGAUAUUGGUGCUGUUAGAUCCCCUAGGUUUUGAUUAUUGUGAUGCUAAACGUGAGCAUGUUUAUAUUAGAAUAAAUGAAUUCAUUUGCUUAA